CAAUCCGGUCACACGCACACUGCAUCGCCCCUCCGACAGUCAGAAACAUGGCUUUACGGGAGCUAUCGUCGCUGGAGAGAUAUUUAGGAUUGAAAAAGCCGAACAAGUACAGUACACAAGGGGACAACAAGGUACCUGUGCUACAGAAUACCAAUGGUCCUCCCGUGGUAGGCUUGGUGACUGUCGCGUGUCACCUGGUGAAAGAGGCCAAGCGCCUGGAGCUGCUGGGAGACUCCGCCGAAAGCAGGGCUGUGGUGCAGCAGUGGCUGGAGUACAGAGUCACUAAGCUGGAUGGCUGCACAAAGGAAGACAAUAAGACCAUCUUGAAGGACCUCAACCUCUACCUGCAGGACAAGGUCUACAUGGCUGGCAACCAGUUCACCUUAGCUGACACUUUCAUGUUCUAUGGAAUCCAUCCGCUCAUAGCGGACCUGGCCAUCCAGGAGAAGGAGCAGUAUGGGAAUGUGACCCGAUGGUUCGACCACAUUCAGCACUACCCGGGCAUCCGGCACCCCCUUCCUCCCGUAGUUGUGCUCAGGAACAAAAUUUACACCAGCAAACACCACUGAGACCUGAUCCCCGCCCCCAAACCAGCCUAGCCUGACUCGUCACAAUCUCAUCUGUCCUUUGGACUGGACCUGGGCUAAAUGUGUGUCACAUCGUCAUCCCGUUUCCAUAUAGUUUUUCAUGUCAUGAAUCCUGCCUUUUACGUGUUGACCCGGUGUCUUAACUCUGCCUGCUGUUUGGAUCUCCUACAAUAUGUUUUUAACCAGGAAAAUCAGUAACGAGCAAAAAGAAAACCUAACAGUUUUAGGUGCAAUGAAGCUCCAUUAAAGGAUUGCUAACUAAUAAAAUCAAGUUAUGUUCAUGUUCUUUAAAACAAAACAAAAAUGUCAUUGUCCAGUCCCAUUGGCUGUUGACUUUAACUCAUUCAACACUGUUCAUAAGAGGUGUGGCGUCUUAACCCGUGUUCAGUUUUGUCGGAGAAAAAAUGUGAAGUUGCUCUUUUAUGCUUUUUGUUGAUAAUCUUGACUUUUCUGUUGACUUGGAAGUCAGAAUGUUUGUUCGGUUGCUUUCAAAGGGAAGGCUGUCCGGGUUGCAGGAAACUGCUGCUUGUUUCUAUUUAUACAUGUGGUUGAAUGCUGAUUUAUUUUGUCUAAUUUGAGCGAUGAUAUAUAACGAGUAUAAAAAGAAGCCUUCAGAGAUGCUACUUAACUGGCACAUAUUACAUUAUGUCUUUAGCGCCAGCGGCUUCCUUUAGGUCGUUUGAAUGCAUUUUCAGCAAGUACACGUGGUCGCCGGCUCAACAUCAUGACCCCGUAAUGACCACAGUCAUUCUGCCCUGAUGAUUCAGGCAGUCUCUCAGCUCGCAUCCCUAUCAUGAGCGUUUGUUUGUUUGUUUUCUUAGAAUUUUAUGUUUUUCUACAUGCAACUCCCAGACAUUUCACUGGACACUCGUGUGUGUGUGUGUUUGUGUGUGUUCCUGAUUGCAUCCACUUCCUCACCACCAGUCGUGUGGGCAGUUGAGCGUCAGCCCCAGAGUCAGAGAUCAGAGUGAGGCUCCAAUCAGUCCCACUACCACCACUGUUGAUGCUGCAGGCCAGAGAGAGGGCAGCGGGCUCACCAGCUGCCACACAGAUCCAGCCAGCCAAGGCCAGAACACAGGCCCCUGGGCGACAGUCAGCCACUGUGUGUCAUUUCAACCCUCGCGCUCCCACGGGGCUGCUUGAGAGAGAAGGACGAAGGGAGGCAGUGAGGGGGGAGUGAGGAGGGGGGGCACAGAGAGAGAAAAAAGAGCACCCAGAGGCCGAGGGAUCUUUUUGUGACGUGAACAAUGAUCCGUGCCUCCGAAUGCCUUACUGCUGCUGGCUGGGUGUUUGCUAUUAGCACCAUUAACAGGCAGAUCCUGUAAAUGAAUUAACAUUAUGAAGCUGAUGAUGAUAAGGAAAUUAAAUCAUAUUAAACAAAUAUUUAAAACACUUGUGCACUCAAACCUUUGAUCUAGUCUACAGCUCAAAAUAAUGGGUGCUUUUGUGUUUGCGUCAAAGUUUCUGUUGUAGCUUUGUUUUUAUCUCGUGUCAGCAUGAUGUCCACCCUCUGCCAAUAAAUCAAAAAGAUGUGCAGCUCAUGA